GCGUCCCCCGCGCGGCGCGGCGCGGCGCCGCUCCUCCCCCCGCCCCCGCGGAAAGCCGGACCGGAGGGGCUGAGCCGCCAUUUUGUUGCUAGCGCUGCUGGAACUCCGGGCCGCAGCGGUUGGUGCGACCGGUGGAGCUGCCCGCGGCGGCGGCGGCAGCGCCGGGCGCUUUUUAAAGGGUUUUUUUAAUCUGUUUGGGGCCUCUGUGCCCCAGCCCCUGUUUUAACACGCCAUGUCCGGAGAGGGAGCGGCCGGCGACCAGGCUGCUGAAUAUGUCCCAGAAAAAGUGAAGAAAGCUGAAAAGAAACUAGAAGAAAAUCCAUAUGACCUUGACGCUUGGAGCAUUCUCAUUCGAGAGGCACAGAAUCAACCUAUAGACAAAGCACGGAAGACCUAUGAACGCCUUGUUGCCCAGUUCCCCAGUUCUGGCAGAUUCUGGAAACUGUACAUUGAAGCAGAGAUUAAAGCAAAAAAUUAUGACAAAGUGGAAAAGUUAUUUCAGCGAUGCCUUAUGAAGGUUUUACACAUUGAUUUAUGGAAAUGUUACCUUUCCUAUGUACGAGAAACCAAGGGGAAGCUACCUAGUUACAAAGAAAAAAUGGCUCAGGCAUAUGAUUUUGCUCUGGAUAAGAUUGGCAUGGAAAUCAUGUCAUACCAGAUCUGGGUGGAUUACAUCAAUUUUUUGAAAGGCGUAGAAGCAGUAGGAUCUUAUGCAGAAAACCAGAGGAUAACAGCUGUCCGUAGGGUUUACCAGCGUGGUUGCGUGAAUCCAAUGAUAAACAUAGAACAGCUCUGGAGAGAUUAUAACAAAUACGAAGAGGGCAUCAAUAUUCACUUAGCUAAGAAGAUGAUUGAAGACAGGAGUAGAGAUUAUAUGAACGCACGACGGGUAGCAAAGGAAUACGAGACAGUGAUGAAAGGUCUGGACCGCAAUGCUCCCUCUGUCCCCCCACAAAAUACCCCACAAGAGGCUCAGCAGGUAGACAUGUGGAAGAAGUACAUCCAGUGGGAAAAGAGCAAUCCUUUGCGUACAGAAGAUCAAACUCUCAUAACAAAAAGAGUUAUGUUUGCCUAUGAGCAAUGCCUUUUGGUUCUGGGACAUCACCCAGAUAUCUGGUAUGAAGCUGCACAGUACCUCGAGCAAUCUAGUAAACUGCUAGCUGAAAAAGGGGACAUGAACAAUGCUAAACUUUUCAGUGAUGAGGCUGCUAAUAUUUAUGAAAGAGCGAUCAGCACUUUAUUAAAGAAGAAUAUGCUUCUUUAUUUUGCAUAUGCAGAUUAUGAAGAGAGUCGAAUGAAGUAUGAGAAAGUACACAGCAUAUAUAACCGACUCCUGGCUAUUGAAGACAUUGAUCCCACUCUGGUUUAUAUCCAAUAUAUGAAAUUUGCAAGGCGAGCAGAAGGCAUAAAAUCUGGAAGAAUGAUAUUUAAGAAAGCAAGAGAGGAUGCUCGGACCCGCCAUCACGUCUAUGUUACAGCAGCUUUAAUGGAGUAUUAUUGUAGUAAGGAUAAGUCUGUGGCCUUUAAGAUUUUUGAGCUAGGGCUGAAAAAAUACGGGGACAUUCCAGAAUAUGUACUGGCAUAUAUCGACUACCUUUCUCACCUUAAUGAGGACAAUAAUACAAGAGUUUUGUUUGAACGUGUUUUAACUUCAGGGAGCCUUCCACCUGAGAAAUCUGGGGAAAUCUGGGCUCGGUUUUUAGCUUUUGAAAGUAACAUUGGUGAUCUAGCUAGUAUACUGAAAGUUGAAAAACGGAGGUUUACUGCAUUCAAGGAAGAAUAUGAGGGUAAAGAAACAGCUCUGCUGGUAGAUAGGUAUAAGUUCAUGGAUUUGUACCCUUGCUCUGCUAGCGAACUCAAGGCCCUUGGUUAUAAGGAUGUCUCCCGUGCCAAGCUGGCAGCUAUAAUUCCAGACCCUGUGGUUGCACCUUCCAUCGUGCCUGUUCUCAAAGAUGAAGUAGACCGAAAACCUGAAUAUCCAAAACCGGACACUCAACAAAUGAUUCCAUUUCAGCCAAGACACUUAGCACCUCCAGGUUUACAUCCCGUCCCAGGUGGUGUAUUUCCUGUUCCACCAGCAGCUGUAGUUCUCAUGAAGCUCCUGCCACCUCCUGUUUGUUUUCAGGGUCCCUUUGUUCAAGUGGAUGAGCUCAUGGAGAUAUUUAGAAGAUGCAAACUGCCAGACACUGUUGAUGAAGCUGUACGAAUAAUUACUGGAGGCCUACCUGAAAUAGCUGUGGAAGGCAAUGGACCUGUGGAAAAUAACGCUAUGCUCAAUAAGGCUGUUAAGAGACCACAUGAAGAUUCUGACGACGAUGAGGAGAAAGGAUCUGUAGUUCCCCCUGUACAUGACAUUUACAGAGCACGACAGCAAAAGAGAAUCCGGUGAAACAAGUUUGGAGUUCUACUGUGAGAGACAAAGACUUGCAUUGAGUCCGUCAGUCUUAAAAGUCAAGCAUUUAAAAGGGACAGCUGCAAACAAAAAAAAUCUUGAAAAUGGUUUUGUUACUGUGGUGCCUCUUCUCCCAUAUGGUUCUUGAUCUGAAAACGGCCAGAACAACCUUAGAAUGUGCUCUGAACAAAACUAGGUUUUCAAAACCAAAAGUGCAAAAUGUCAAAACUGCAUUUUGUCCUUCAAGGGUGUUCACAUCUACCACUUGAAAUCUUGUGGGUUUUCAACAGUUUUAUUUUAAAAACUGGAUGGCUUAUACUUGUGAAGCAUUUUUAAUUCACAUUUUCUGGAAAACAGUUGUUCUCAGUUUGUUCAUGUAGUGUCCUGCCUUAUUGUUCGUUUUUAUUUAUGGCAGAAUGUAUGGAAUCUGUUUUGUAGUUGAAAAUGGAAAAAAAACAUUCCUUUAAAAUAAAAGGAUAUCCAUAA